AAAUCCACCAAAACAAUCUUAUUCUAAGUUCUAACCAACCAAUUGCAUGCUUUUCUCUACAGUCCUGUCCUGUCCCCAUAGACAAGCCAUGGCUGUAGUCAACCCCUCAAUCAUCUCUUCACUUCACAUUGAAACCUCUCAUGUUUUUCCAGUUUCACGGUCAACCUCAUUCACUCCGACAAGGUGGGUUCCCCCCUUCAGAUUGCUUUGUUUGAGUGGUAAAAUGGACAAUGUUAACGGUACAAGGAUUAAAGAAGGAAGAACUAUUCUGCAUGAUCUCUAUGAGAAGCACGGACAGAGCCCUUACUAUGACCAUCUCUGUCGCCCUGUUUCUGAUUUGCUGCCAUUCAUUGAGUCUGGAAUCAGAGGUGUCACUACCAAUCCAGCGAUAUUUGAAAAAGCUAUAUCAUCAUCAAAUGCUUACAAUGCACAGUUGAGGGAGCUGGUAGAGGCAGGGAAAGACAUAGAAAAUGCUUACUGGGAAUUGGUUGUGAAGGACAUACAGGAUACUUGCAAGCUCUUGGAGCCAAUUUACAAUGAAAAGGAUGGGGAUGAUGGGCGUGUAUCUCUUGCAGUUUCCCCCAAGCUUGCAAAUGAUACCAAAGGGACAAUUGAGGCAGCAAAAUGGCUUCAUGAAAUGGUUGGCUAUCCAAAUGUUUAUAUCAAAAUUCCUGCAACUGAAAGAUCCAUCCCUUCUAUAAAGGAAGUCAUUUCUCUGGGGAUAAGUGUGAAUGUCACUCUCAUAUUCUGUCUCCAUAGUUAUGAAGCAGUCAUUAAUGCUUACCUGGAUGGCCUUGAAGCUUCUGGCAUGGCUGAUCUCUCUAAGGUUUCAAGUGCAGCAGCUUUCUACAUCAGUAGAGUGGAUGUUACAAUUGACAAGAAGCUUGAGCAAAUUGGUACUCCUGAGGCUCUUGAACUCAGAGGAAUGGCUGCGGUUGCUCAAGCAGUCUUAGCUUACCAGCUUUACCAGAAAAUGUUUUCCGGUCCCCGGUGGGAGCACCUGGAGAGGAGAGGUGCCAAGAAGCAGAGGUUGAUGUGGGCCUCAACAAAUGUGAAGAAUCCAGCUUACCCUGAUACUUCUUAUGUUGAAUCUCUUAUUGGACCAGAUACGAUUUCAACCAUGCCAAGUCAAGCUUUUCAAGCAUUCAUGGACCAUGGUGUUCUUUCAAGAACCAUUGAUGCAAAUGUUUCAGAGGCCCAAGGCAUUUACAAUGCAAUUGAGAGGUUGGGGAUUGAUUGGAAUGCUGUUGGAUCACAGCUGGAACAUGAGGUGCUAGAUUCAUUCACAAAAAGCUUUGACAAUGUGCUUCAAUGCCUGCAAAAGAAGGCUAAAUCUAGUGAAUUCAUCAGCCAAUAGAUUUUGCUUCCAGGAUAUAUCAGUACAACUCCAUGCCAAAAGUAUUUGGCACUUUUCUUUAAUAAAACUGGAUGCAUAUGCAGCAUGGGAUUGAUGCUGUCAAAGCUUGGAGUCAAAAUAAAAUUAUAAACAGUGAUGAAUUAUAUUACAAUUUACUGUAUUUCUUUUAUUAUAAUUA